GUGCCGUGCGUCCCGAGACAUGGACUACGUUCGUAACGUGCAUUGAAUCGAAACGUAGACGAGACCGAGUGAGAAUCGAGAACGGUCAUGAGAGUGCGGUUAUUCGAUUGAACGAUUCCGAACGAUUCGCGCGGCGCACGGAGUGUAUCGCGGUCGCGAGUUUCUCGGCGCCACCGCUCGCGCGAGUGAGGGCGGCAGUAUCGUUUCAAACGUCGGUCCGUGCGGUCGCUUUAGCGGCGUAGUCUGUGAUUUUUAGUGUAGCUCCGGAUAAUCCAAGUUAAUCUACAAUGGCGGAUCAACUGACGGAAGAACAAAUCGCAGAGUUCAAGGAGGCGUUUUCACUGUUCGAUAAAGACGGCGAUGGCACCAUCACCACCAAAGAACUGGGCACCGUGAUGCGCUCGCUAGGACAAAACCCCACAGAAGCUGAACUGCAAGACAUGAUCAAUGAAGUCGAUGCGGACGGCAACGGCACGAUAGACUUCCCCGAAUUCCUCACAAUGAUGGCGCGCAAGAUGAAAGACACAGACAGCGAGGAGGAGAUCCGCGAGGCCUUCCGCGUGUUCGAUAAGGACGGUAACGGGUUCAUAUCCGCGGCCGAGCUGCGCCACGUGAUGACCAACCUCGGCGAGAAGUUAACUGACGAGGAGGUCGAUGAAAUGAUCCGCGAGGCCGAUAUCGACGGCGACGGUCAGGUCAAUUAUGAAGAAUUCGUCACCAUGAUGACGUCGAAGUGAGCCGCCGGCUAGUGUGUGUGUAUAAAGCAGAGAAUUUUAAUAUACGUUUUGUUUCAUGACACACAAUAUUACCAUCGUAUUGGACCUGCAUUUCUCUAGUGUUUGCGAUAAAUUAAUAUUGUCAUCGUUUAAGUUAAAUGGUAUAUAUGCCGGUGGGCGCGGGCGCGGCGCGCGUCCGCCCCCUCCCUAUUUAGACUUUAAAGUAUUCCGUUAAUUUUACUAUGUAAGGAAGAAAACUUCAAGUGUAGCGGUACAAAGGCGAAACGAGUAGGUGUGCGUCGCGUUGUGGUGGAUAUCGGUCCGCGAGUGUCGCGAGUGCCGCGCGCCGUCGCGUGCCGCUGGCGUGCCGGUCGCGUGCCGGUCGCGUGCCGGUCGCGUGCCGGUCGCGUGCCGGCCGCGCGCCGGCCGCGUGUCGCGCGAGUGUCGUGUGCGGUGCCGCGGGCGCAGUGCUAACUCCGCAUCUUUCCGAUACAUUUAAAUGUAAAUUUUUUUCAAGUAUGAGAUAUUUAUAAAGUACGUGAAGAUUAAAAGUUUAAAAAACCCAAAAAAAAAAACAUACCGUGGCCGUAGCACGGCGGGACACACCGCCCUGUACAUUAAUGAUCGUAAUAAAUGUUUAAAUUUAACUAACUCUGUAAACGAAUAAAUUAGAUUUAUUGGUAAUGCAUUAAUUGUAUCUGUAAAUGACUUGAUAAAUAUUAUAUUUCUAUUGUUGGUGAAACUAAUUCUAUCGAAUGGAAUGUACUCCGCUCUGUUAUUCUCUUACCACAUUUGAUUCAUUCUGUUAUUAAAUUUUACAAAAAGACAUACUGAAAAUAAAUGUUUCUUCAUUUUUAGGUCAAUAAG